AAUUUCUCCCUUCUUCUUCUUCUUCUUCUUCUUCUUCUUCUUCUUCACUCUCUCUUUCUUUUUCCUCUGCAACUGCUCACCCUCCUUCUCGGUAAACAUGAAUUAUGACCUCUCACUACCAGUUAUAAUUUUUUCCCUAUUAGUCUCCCUUCUGGCUAACGCCAUAACCACCACUAAAGUUUCCCUAAACGACGACGUAUCGUCGUUGUUCGACGUGGGUAUCAGCUACGCGAAGCAGACUAGAAAAAACCAGUCGAGGACAACAUGGGUCGGGUACUCGGACUGUGAAGUUUGGUCCGGGGAUUGUUCGAGGGCGGUGCUGGAGCUUGCGAGGAGGCCGGACAACGUCAAGUGGUUGACGGGGGUUAGGAGGAGGAUCCAUGAGAACCCAGAGCUGGCUUUCGAGGAGUUCGAGACGAGCAAGCUUGUACGAACGGAGUUAGAAAGGUUGGGGAUAGAGUACAAGUACCCGUUGGCGAAAACGGGUAUUCGGGCAUGGGUUGGAACGGGAGGCCCACCUUUUGUCGCUGUCAGAGCUGAUAUGGAUGCUCUCCCUAUACAGGAAGCAGUGGAAUGGGAACAUAAGAGCAAAGUGAGAGGGAAAAUGCAUGCUUGUGGUCACGACGCCCACGUCGCCAUGCUCCUCGGCGCCGCCGCCAUUCUCAAAUCUCGCCAGCACCUUUUGAAGGGGACGGUGAUACUGUUGUUUCAGCCGGCAGAGGAAGCAGGAAAUGGUGCAAAGAGAAUGAUUAGAGACGGUGCUUUAGAUGAUAUUGAAGCUAUAUUUGCAGUUCACGUAUCCCACGAACACCCUACAGGUGUUAUUGGUUCAAGACCCGGUCCUUUACUUGCUGGUUGCGGCUUCUUCAGAGCUGUAAUCAAUGGAAACCCUAAUCGCUCUGUUGAUCCCCUUUUGGCUGCCUCCGCCGCUGUGAUUAGCUUACAGGGCAUCGUCUCUCGUGAAGCUAAUCCCUUGGACUCCCAGGUCGUGUCUGUGACUUCAUUCGACGGGGGAAACAGUCUUGAUACCAUGCCGGAUACAGUCAUUAUUGGUGGUACGUUUAGGGCUUUUUCCAGCACAAGCUUCAAUCUACUUCUGCGAAGAAUACAAGAGGUGAUUGUGGAGCAAGCUAGGGUUUUCAGAUGUUCGGCAACAGUUGACUUCUUUGAUAAGGAGUAUGCCAUUUAUCCACCCACCAUGAAUGAUGAAAACAUGUAUGAACAUGUUAAAAAGGUGGCUACACAGUUGUUGGGUCCAACAAAUUUUAGAGUGGUUCAACCGAUGAUGGGUGCAGAGGACUUCUCCUUUUAUGCCGAACAAGUCCCCGCCGCAUUCUACUAUAUUGGUGUAAGGAACGAGACUCUGGGAUCCAUUCACGCCGGCCAUUCCCCAUAUUUUAUGAUUGACGAACAUGCUUUGCCUGUGGGUGCUGCUGUUCAUGCAACUCUUGCAGAAAGAUACCUAAACGAACAUGGUUAACAUAUUAAUUCACGUUAAAUAGUUCUGUAACUCUCUGCUCUCUCAUUCAAUUGUAACCUAUAA